AUGGCCCCUCGCGGCGCGGCGCCGACUCUGCCCGUGGCUCUUGCUCUGGCCGCGGUGGCUGUGGGAGCCUGGGCGCAGGGGCUUCCGGGCUCGCUCUCGCCCGGGCAGGGCUGCGCCGCGCUGGGCCGCUGCUGCCCAGGCCGUGACCCGAAUUGCGCCGCCCGCGGCUCCCCGCGCUGCUUCUGCGACCAGGCGUGCGGCGCGGCGCGGGACUGCUGCGCGGAUUACGCGCGGGUCUGUCCAGCGGUACCCUGCGUGGUGGCAGAGUGGAGUGACUGGAGUCGCUGUGCCAAGCCCUGCCAGGUCUCCUACCGCGUCCGCCAGAGGCACAUCCUGCAGGAGCCCAGGAAUGGUGGUGCCCCCUGUCCCCCGCUAGAAGAGCAGGCUGGCUGUAUGGAGUACUGGAGCCGCCAGGGAGUGGAGUGCCAACAGUCCUUGCGUGAGCUGGGGGUGGCCACAAGUGGCUGUCAGUGGGAGCAAUCUGGCUGGACUGUCGGGGCCCCUAUGAUCCCUGGGAGGGGCCUGAGUUUGGGGUGGGACUUUGCCUUCCUUUGCCCUGUCUCCCCUCCUCACCUUGUGGAUGAGUUAAGAAGUUCUGACUUCCUCUGGGCGUUUCAGUGUCCUCUCUCUACUCAUUUCUCUGUGUAAAUUGAUCAGGACUUUUUGUCAGUGCAAGGGAUGGGACACCCAACUUAAACUGACCUGAGCAAAAUUUCUUGGCUCAUGUAACUAAAAUUGCCGGGGAUACGUUCAGGCAUGGCUGGAUCCAGGGGCUCAAACAAUGCUGCCAAGUGUCUCUCCCCCUCUCUCAGCUCUGCUUUUCUCUGUGUUGGCCUUAUUGCCAGGCAGAGUGUCCUCCUCUAAUGGUCUUUGAUAGCUCUAGGCUUCCAGGAAGAAGUAGCCCCUUUCCUCUUAAUUCUAGCAAAAGCCCUAGGACAACACUCGUUGGCUGACACGGGUCAUGUGCCCACUGAUGAACCAAUGGGCAUAUAUGAUUUGAGUUAAUUCUGGCAACUCUAUGAUGUAGGUACUAAUAUUAUCCCCAUUUUUGUGAUGAGAAAACUGAGGCUCAGGGAGGUGCAGUAACUUGACCAAAAUCACUCAGCUGUAAGAGGGGAAGCCGGGACCAGAAACCGGAUUUAUCUGGGUCUCUCCUCACUGCUUUAGGCUGCAUCAAAAGAAGCAGGAUCGCUGCUGGAAGAGAGGAGAGACAGGAGAUUGUGUGUACAGUGUAUUACAGCUGCCAUAGGUUCAAUCCCUAUGGCAGCACCAGGAGGAGGUACCUGGGAUGUCCCUGUGUGGCCGUCCUCUAGGUCACCAGCAUUAGUUAAGCACUGGUGUUUCAUCCAACUCGAUCUCUCAGGGAGUGGAGAGGGAUGGGGACUUCUUUGGCUUUGUUUUCCCCUAACUCUUGUGAAUUGUGGCUGUCAAGUCUCCUCCUGUGUGUUCUCCUAAUCUGCUUGCUCUAGGAAGGAAGACUUGAAAGUUGGCCCAACAAAAUAAUUUUAUUAAUUGAUUAAUCCAUCUAACCAUCCCUCUGUAUCUCCUCUCUUCCAUCCUUACAUCUUCUCAUCUUUUCAUCCAUCCAUCCAUCCAUCCAUUUAUCCAUCUGGCCGUCCAUCCAUCCAUCCAUCCAUCCAUCCAUCCAUCCAUCCAUCCAUCCAUCCAUCCAUCCAUCCAUCCAUCCAUCCACUCUUUUAUCCUAUACCAUUUCUUUUAUCUAUUCAUCCAUCCACCUGUCUUCUCUUUAUCCAUCCUUCUUUCCACUCAUCAUUUCUUUUAUCUAUCAUUCAUCUACCCAUCUCUCUGUUCUUCCUGUCUUCCAUCCUCCCAUCUUCCAUCCUUCCUUUCUUCCAUAAUUUAUUCCUUCCAUCCAUCCAUCCAUCAUCCAUCCAUCCAUCCAUCCGUCCGUCCAUCCAUCCAUCCAGUUACUGACUCUUUUAUCUAUUCUUUUUUACUUAUCCACUCAUUCAUUCACCAAAAUCACUCAUUCACUCAAGGAGCUUUUACUGAGACUCACUGUGCACACACCAGGCCCUGUGCUAGGCCCUGGUGUCUCAGGGGUAAAUAUGAUUCCGCCUCCAAUACUGAACAAAGGGUAUGAGGACUGCCUACCCAAUUCUAAGAUCCUGCCGUCUCCUUGGGGUUCUCAAAUAAAUGACUUGGUGCCGCAGAUACCCAGGCCUGGCUCCUCUGUGGUGCCACAACCUGGGUACUGUGCUGCCUGAUUUAGUUUUCUCCUUGCUCUACAGUCCCAGCUCUGAUAACCACGGGCAGAUAUGGGAAAGAGCGGAAAAAGCGAGGUGUACCUAAGGAGCAGGAGACAGUAGGGUAAGUUGAAACAAAUGAACCCUAAGGCAACCUAGAAUCUAUGACCAUUCUUCCUUGGACUAAAUGUCUUUCAUGAUGUC